GAAAAGUCGUUUGGACGAAAGUCGAUCUACAUUACCCUAAGCCAAGCCACCACAAACAUUUUUGAUUUCGGCAUCUGCAUUCAAUUUUCGCAAGUUAGAUACAUUAAAAUCAUUUAAAAGAACUAUAAAAGUGAAAUUACUAAUUAUUAGUUCAAUAAUCUUUAGAAAAAAUGUAGUAAUAUUUAAAAGUGGCACAAGAAUUUAUGUGGAAAAGUGUUGAAGAAAAGAAAAGCAAGCAGACGGCAGAGGCCAGCAAAAAGUAUAAAGAAAAGAAGAAGCAUAGAGCAGAACAAAAGCAGCAGCAGCAUUGAGAAAACCUAAGAAUUUGCACAAGAAGAAAAACAGGAUUAGGGCCUGCAAUUCUUUCUAGUAGCGUUUAGGGAAAGUUUGCAAAAUGGAUGAAUUAGAACCAUGGAAUAUGUUCACAAGCGAACAAGGUGACGAUAAUGACGGCAAUGAAGAAAACGAUGAUGGUGACGAGAACAAUGAUGAGAAUGGCGAGGGUGAAGAAAACAAUGAACCAUUCACCAUACCCUCACCCGUACAAGAUAUGCAGGUGAAAGAGGAACCCCCCGAACCGGUGGAGGAGAAUUUCGACGAUGACAGCCCCUUUGCCUUUCAUUCAAUAUUGCACAGUGAUCGAGAUACACCACAGCAGCCAGAUGAAUCUCUGUUCGACUUCUAUGCUGAUAAUUCGAACUCGACCCGCAGGUCUACGCAACAAACAAACAACGAACCACCACCUCCACUCUCGGCAGAGGAUGAAUACUUUCACAGCCUGGUUCGAUAUGAAGAUGCAAUUAUUUACAUUUGCCCCAGCUGUGGCGAUGAGUUUCGAUCUCAGGAAACCUGGAAAACCCAUUUGAAUACAGUACAUAGCUUCAACACCCGAGCUGGACUGAAUUUCGUUCAGUUGGAUAAACUCUAUCACGGAUGCAGAGAAUGUCAAAAACGUAUAGCUAUGCAUAGCAUGGAAAACUUGAUGAAGCAUAAAUUCACCCAUUUACCCUAUCGUGUCUGUAAAUGUUUCAUUUGCAAGCGAGAAUAUAAAUAUCGUCAAGAUCUGAUGGUCCAUUUAAAGAUGACACAUCGUGAUGAACUGAUAGCCGUCGCCAAGGAGGAACAUAAAAAUCGACCUCAACCAAAUCAAAUGAUACGAUCCAUAUUGAACAAACCAACAACGACGGCGGCGCGACCUAAUCUUUCCAUUGGCCAAGUCAAGGAGAAUGCCCUAGAUAUUUACGACAGUAAUUCGGAUAAUAUUGAAGUACGUAACGAGGUAUUGGAUGAAGACGAUCCAGAUGGUUCAUUGCACCAACCUCCGGCAAAGCGAUUUGCUCGAGAAUUGCCCACAUUUAUAGAUGAUGGUUCAACGAAUGGUUCUGGUGGCGGAGUGGGUGCUUCGCAGGAACUAAAAUCAAAACUAUUAGACGAUAUCGAUGAAUCGUUGGAGGAGUAUAUUCUAUUUACAUGUCCCCAGUGUAAAACGGAAUGUGAAACACGCGAACAGUGGCAUCAACACAUUGAGGAAUCACAUGAUUUUGCUUCGCGAAAGGGUCUGAAUAUACGCGAUAUUAAUCAAGGACAAGCCCAGUGUAUUGAAUGUAAUCAGACCAUCACCAAUAAUACCAUCAAAAAUUUACAAUUACACAAAUUCACCCAUUUGCCGCACAAGAAAUGGAUGAACUGCAAAUUGUGUUUCAUCGACUUUGAUGUCAGCAAGGAUGCAAUACGUCAUUUGGCCGAAAAACAUCAUUUGGUAUCGGAUAAAAUCACCAACAACAACAACAACAGAGACGACGAAGAUAGUCAAGAACCCUUUGGAUUCGGUGCUGAUGAUUAUGAUGGCAAAAGAUCGUGGGGUAAUGGUGGUAGUUUUAUGUCGAAAUCCGAGGAACGCGACACCUUUGAACAGCAUAUAAACUAUCUCUGUCCACAGUGUGGCAAAGAGUUUACGGAUAAGAAGAUGUGGCGCAAACACAUGGUCGAUCAGCACCAGUUGGGCGAUUUGGAAACUCUGAAUUUUGAAGUGAUCAAUGAACUACAGCUGAGAUGUCGGGAAUGCGAUAAGAUCAUUACAAAUGCCUAUGGCAUACAAAAUGCCCAGCAACAUCGCAUCACGCACAUGCAGUAUAAAUCCUUUGCCAUUUGUCGUAUCUGUCGUAAACAGUACACGGAACGUAAGGGUUUGACCAAACAUCUUAGGAAUGCCCAUGGCAUUGGGGUGUCGUCAUCGAGAACUAUGAACAACUCCUCGCCCAUACCGAAUUUCGGUAGUCCCAGCACAAAGCCGCCCUUCAAAUUAAAGCAGCAGCCCUACAAGGAGAUUGUGCGACACAAUAACUAUACCUAUGAAAUAUGUUUUUUGGAUGAGGAUGCCGAUGAUGAUUUCGGUGGUGGUGGCGGCAGUGGUGGUGGUGUGGCUGGUGACAUGGGUUUUGAUGGACGUGGUACUGGUUUUCCUGCAAAUAAAUCAUUUGACACCCAUUCUUAUAACCGCAGACAGUAUCCUUUGCAAAAACCCAAUUUGGAGCAAAUGUCCCGACAUCGUUGUGUAGAUUGCGGUUCGAUCUUCAAAAAUCCCCAAGCUUUACAGCAUCACAUCAAGACGGAACAUGAUUUUGUGGUGGAAGACAAGUCAAACGAUGCCGCCGGCGAUGAUUUGCUAACACCCAGCAGCCGUGAUCCGCCGGUUAUGGUCGAUGCCAGCUUGGAGGAAUCAAACGUGGAGUGCAAUUUCAUCUAUAUCUGUCCGGAAUGUGGCAUUGAAUUUAGAAUGAGACAUUUAUGGCGUCGCCACAUUAAUUCCGAACACAAUUUCGAUAAACGUGAAUCUCUCGGCUUCCGUAUGCUUGAUAAGAUGCGCUUCCAGUGCAGGACAUGCAAUGAAGUUGUGCAGAGUUCCAAGCUGAAGGGUUUGCAGGAUCACAAGUUUCGGCAUUGUCCCCAUAGGCAGUAUCUGAAGUGUCUGCUGUGUGGUCAGGCCUAUAAUCACAAGCCGAACAUGAUUAGCCAUUUGCGCCAGCGCCACAAUAUUAUGGAGGCGGAGCCGGCCCAGCACUCAAAAAUGGCCGCCGAUGCCAGAAAACAAAUGCACAGCAAUAGCUUCAAUGCACCCAGACCAUAUGUGGGCAGCGGCAGCAGCAGUGGUGGCGGUGGUGCUAGCAACAAAUCCUUUGAUGUCACCAGUUCCGAUCGCCCCUCAGGCCUCAAGACGGUGGAAGAUGUUAUUUCCUACCACAAUGCUGUCGAUCACGAGAGUAUUUUCUAUCACUGCCCCUCGUGCACCCAGACCUUUGAUUCGCAUGUCUUCUGGCGCAAACACAUUGUGGAUGAGCACAAUUUGAACAGCCGACAGGGUUUGAAUUUCCGCCAGUUGGACGAUCACCAUUACAUCUGUUUGCAGUGCUACAAACGGGUAACUGUCACCCACACCAAGGGAGCCAUUGGCCAAUUGCAAUCGCACAAGUUCCGUCAUUUGCCCUAUAAGUCAUUCCAUUGCACCGUGUGCAAGGGUGAAUUUGUACGCAAGCAAAUGUUCUUCAAACAUUUGGAUAAAAUCACAAAUAAAUGCGCUGGCCUGCAAUCGGCUGAGCUAAGAGAUGAGAAAAACGAAUCGCAGUUCGAUGACGAUGUAUUGAUGGGUGAAACAUCAGCUGGUCCAUCUUCAAAGAAUGUCUGGCCGACAAGGGCUUCAAUGCCCGGCGGCGGCGGAGGCGGCAUCACAGCACCGCUCACCGAAAGCACGGCCGACAAUCAAGGUUGCUUCACCCUGAGCUGCCCCCAAUGCGGUGUGGAAUUCGAAUCCACGCGCAGCUGGCGUGAACACAUCAACAUUGAACAUAACCUCAAUUGUAGAGGAGUUUUGAAUUUCAAGAAGAUCAGUUCAAAACUGCAUUUAUGUCUGGAAUGUAACGAACAUGUCAAUGGCAGUAAGUUGAGGGAUUUGCAGGUGCACAGAUUCAAGCAUUUGCCGUUUGGAGCAUACCUGCACUGUCGCUUCUGUUCGAUGAGCUAUUUCCAUAUUAGCAACAUGCAGGAGCAUUUGAAGAACAAACAUCCACAAAUGGUACAAAAAAUGCGCGUGGUGGAUCCCACAUGUGAUGUGGAAGAUGAAGAUGAUAGUCAUCAGUUUGCCGGUGGCGAUGAGGAGGAGGAGAAUGACGAUGAUGGAGGACAACAGGCCGAAACAAAUCCCGAUGCAGAGGAUAAUGUGGCGGAAGUCGGCGAUGAGGAUGACGAAGAAGACGAGUAUGAUGCUGAUGCUCCAUGUCCCGAAAAUAUGCUCGAUAUUGAUUUAUUAGAGGCCGAGGCGGAAAUCGAAGAGGUGGAUCCCGACAAUGUAGAGGCAGAUGAUCAAUAUCUUUUGGGUUGAAAUGCGAAGAGAUUUUUGGUUUUUUUGCUAAACUUUCCCGAAGAAAAUUAUUACAUAAAAGAAUACGUAAUUAUAUAAAAGAAUUAGUUAUAUGCCAAGAAAAAAAGUAAACAAUUUCAGAAUUCUCUACUCUCUCUCUCAUUCAUUCAAAUUUCUCUUAAAUUAUUUACCCUCAUUGUUUUCGAUCUAAUUAGUAUUAUUAUUAUUUAUUAUUAUUUGUUUUGACAAUUCUCCUUUCGAACUCUUAUCCUCCUCUUACCCAUAAAGUUCCGUGUAAGAAGAACUAGCCUCUUUU